AUGGCGACCUUCGAUUCUCUAGCAGGUGCUGGCUACAAUAUUACUAUUGAGGCCCUCAGAGAUGAGGAGUAUCCAAUGCUGCAGGUAGGGUCCGUUUAUCUCGACCAUGCCGGCACCACCCCGUACGCCAAGUCCUUAAUGGACAGGUUUGCGCGAGACAUGACGACGAACCUUUUUGGGAACCCGCACUCAGCCUCAGCCUCUUCGCAGCUGUCGACGUCGCGCAUCGAAGACGUCCGCCUCCGCGUGCUCCAGUUUUUCAACGUCGACCCCGUCGACUUCGAUGUCGUGUUUGUCGCCAACGCGACGGCCGGCAUCAAGCUCGUCGUCGAUGCGAUGCGGUGUCUCCCCGGCGGCUUCGACUACGUCUACCACCGGGACAGCCAUACCAGCCUUGUCGGGCCUCGGGAAGAGGCUCGAGAUAGUGUCUGCGUCGACGACCGCGGGGUCCAGGACUGGCUGGCUGGAACUAGCCCCCUCGGCGCCGAUGCCGCAAGCGCCGCCACCUUGUUUGCGUAUCCCGCGCAGUCGAAUAUGGACGGCCGCCGGUUGCCGUUGAGCUGGGCCGCGCAGCUGGGCCAGAACAGGGCGGCCCAUGUCAACAGGACCUAUACUCUGCUGGACGCUGCUGCGCUCGUCUGCUCCUCGCCGCUCGACCUCAGCUGCGCCGACACGGCCCCAGACUUCACUGUGAUGAGCUUCUAUAAGGUUUUUGGGUUUCCGGAUCUGGGAGCUCUGCUUGUCCGGCGCGGGGCAGAAGACGUGUUCGCGUCGAGAAGGUAUUUUGGUGGCGGCACUGUCGACAUGGUGGUCUGCUUGAAGGAGCGGUGGCAUGCCCCAAAGAGCCAGUUCUUGCACGAGCGCCUCGAAGACGGGACACUGCCGGUCCACAGCAUAAUAGCACUGGACGCGGCCUUGGAUGUUCACAAGCAACUUUUUGGCUUGAUGCGAGACGUGGCGGCGCAUACAGGGUUUCUGGCAAAGAGACUAUACGACGGGCUCGGGUCACUGCAGCACGGGAACGGGGAACCAGUUUGUGUUCUAUAUUCCUUAGAUCCCGCGUCACCUACCGCCGGCGCUGUCGGAAAUGGGCCAGUGCUGGCUUUCAAUAUCCGCAACAGCUUUGGCGCGUGGGCGAGCUUGGCCGAGGUCGAGAAGCUCGCAACUCUCAAGCAGUUCCACAUCCGUACAGGCGGCGUCUGCAACCCAGGAGGCAUUGCGUCGGCGCUUGGUCUAGAGCCGUGGGAAAUGAGGCAGAACUUUAGCUCCGGCUUUCGCUGUGGAACGGACAAUGACAUCAUGGCCGGGAAGCCGACCGGCGUCAUCCGAGCAAGUCUAGGAGCAAUGAGUACCAUCUCGGACGUGGACAAAUUCGUGGGGUUUGUGUCCGAGUUUUAUCGGGAAGAAUGCGUAGUUCCACAAAGUCCCCCAGCGCCGGCGUUGAGGCCCCGAGACGCGCCUUCUUCCCAUCUCUACGUCCACGACAUCUUGGUCUACCCCAUCAAGAGCUGCGGCGGAUUCCAAGUUCCCGAGGGGGUGGACUGGGAGGUCAGACCGGAGGGUCUUGCAUGGGAUAGAGAGUGGUGCUUGGUGCACCAAGGCUCGGGCCAAGCGCUGAGCCAGAAACGACACCCCCAGAUGGCCCUCGUCCGGCCGUCGCUAGAUUUUGACCGAGGCGAGCUCCGGGUAACAUUUGCAGGAUCUAUCCCGCGUCAUUUACCACGCGAAGUCGUGUUGCCGCUGUCCAAGAACCCAAACGUGUUUCAGUCGCCCGAGUCGUUUCGAUGGCGUUCGUCGCGGGUGUGCGGCGAGGAGAUAUUGGCGCAGACGUAUGCGUCGCCGGAAAUCAACGUUUUUUUCACAGGGGUCCUGGGGGUGCCGUGUGCGCUGGCGCGGUUUCCUGCCGGCGGGCAAGGUAAGAGCAUGCGGCACUCCAAGGCGCACCUGCAAAAAUAUCAGCUGCCCGCAGGGUUUCGGAGCCGGCCCGUCUGCAUCCCCGGGUCCUUUCCCGACCCGGUGCCGCCGUCGCCUCCCGACUCGGACUCGGAGAAGGCGGAGCAGCGGAUCCUGCUGUCCAACGAGAGCCCGAUCCUGGCCAUCAGCAUGGCCAGCCUCGAUGCCCUCAACCGGGAGAUCGCCAAGGCCGGGGGCAGGGCGGUGUCGGCCGCCGUGUUCCGUGCGAACGUGGUCAUCGCGUCGUCGGACCCUGGGGCUGCGCCGCCAUAUUCCGAGGACAGCUGGCGGCGGCUGCGCGUGGGCGGGCGGCAUGACUUUGCGAUGCUGGGCGCGUGCAGGCGCUGCCACAUGGUGUGCAUAAACCAGGAGACGGCCGAGAAGAGCGAGGAGCCGUUUGUCACGCUGUCCAAGACGAGGCGGUUCGACGGCAAGGUGUUCUUCGGCACGCACAUGUGCUAUAGCGCGCCGGCGGCGGCGCAGGCGCUGACGAGGGACGCGCAGUGCCCGACAAUCCGAGUGGGCGACGCGGUAGAGCCGGGGUGGUGA